GCAAUAUACCAACGAAAGCAAAAACAACAGCAAACAACAAAAAUCUGUACACGUGUCGCAUACACAAUGCCAAAUAUGCGGCAAGGGAGCGACGCAAGCAGCAGAAACAGCGACAGCAACAGCAACAGCAACAACAACAAAUGAAUUGCGUUAUAAUUUCAUUAAGGACCAAAACCUUUUCAGCCAACGACGAGAACAACGUGAAGGGGCUAGCAAAGAAAGAAAGACAGCAAGCAGGCGAGGAGUAGGCCCAAAGUAGAAUCCAGUCGAGUCGGGUUGAGUAAAGUUGAGUAAAAGCCGCAAGGACCCAGGAGGCGACAAUAACAAAAGCAUUGCCUACUUACAAGCGCUGCCAAGCAAAAAUCAAGCGACUGGCAUUUUUAUGAAAUUAAUACAAAGUACGACGACGACGACGACGAGGACGACGACAACGCCCGAAGCGGAGGGCGGUGAGGGGGAGUAGAGCAUCAGCAAUGACAGCAACGACGUGGACACAAUGAUGAGCACUCGCUAUCGCAUUCGCACUCGCUCUCGCACUGUGGAUAAUAAUGGCCGCCCAGCAGUGGGCGUGGCAGCACUUUUAUUGCCUGACACUCGAGUAGGCAAAAGGACGACGUGAUUCGGAGCCAAUUCGAGAAACUGACGCUGUUGCUAAAGCUAAAGCUGGUCGAGAUCAGGCUUUAUAUAUGACGGGAGACUACCGCCUCGCUAGAUGUCGCUAAUGAUAUUUGCGUGACGCGGAAGUGGAGCUCUAAAAACGUCACCUUCAUUUACUAAUUUGACAUGCAAACGUGACCAAGUGUCGCACAAGCUUUAAAAAUAAGACAAAAUCAAGAGACAGACAGAGAAACAGAGAGAGAGAGAGAGAGAGUGAGAGACACCCAACACUGAGAUAGAUACAACAGGAAAUAUUACAACACAAUGCCACGUCUAUUAAAAUUGCUGCUGCCACUUGUGCUGCUGCUGCAGUGCAUCCUCGCAUGCCCACCCGAGGUGUGUGUGUGCAAAUGGAAGGGCGGCAAGCAGACAGUCGAAUGCGGCGGACAGCAGCUCUCCAGUCUGCCGGAGGGCAUGGAUCCGGGCACACAGGUGCUCAACUUUAGCGGCAAUGGACUGCAAGUGCUGCAGAGCGAGCGUUUCCUCCGCAUGGAUCUGCUCAAUCUGCAGAAGAUCUAUUUGUCGCGCAAUCAACUCAUACGCAUUCACGAGAAGGCCUUUCGUGGACUGACCAAUCUCGUUGAGCUCGAUCUCAGCGAGAAUGCGCUGCAGCAUGUACCAAGCGAGACGUUCCAGGACUAUAGCUCACUGAUGCGCCUCACCCUCAGCGGGAAUCCCAUACGUGAGCUGAAGACAUCGGCCUUCAGGCAUUUAUCCUUUUUGACCACUUUGGAGCUGUCCAACUGCCAGGUGGAGCGCAUCGAGAAUGAGGCUUUUGUCGGCAUGGACAAUCUGGAGUGGCUGCGUCUCGAUGGCAACCGCAUUGCCUUUAUCCAAGGAGCUCACAUACUGCCAAAGUCCUUGCACGGCAUUAGUUUGCACAGCAAUCGCUGGAAUUGCGACUGUCGUCUGCUGGAUGUCUACAGCUGGCUGGUUAGCCACAAUACGCCCCUGGCCGAGGAGCCCAAGUGCAUGGAGCCGUCCCGGCUGAAGGGUCAGGUGAUUAAGGGACUUCAGCGCCAGCAGCUUGCCUGUCUGCCCGAGGUCAGUCCACAGUCGAGCUAUACGGAGGUCAGCGAGGGUCGAAAUAUGUCCAUCACGUGUUUGGUUCGUGCCAUACCGGAACCGAAGGUCCUCUGGCUGUUCAAUGGCCAGGUGAUGAGCAACGAUAGUCUGAUGGAUAAUCUACAUAUGUACUACUACAUUGACGAGAGCGGCGGCAGUGGAGCCGAGGAGAAGCGCAGUGAAAUAUUCAUCUAUAAUGUGGGCGCCGAGGAUAAUGGAACCUUUUCGUGUGUGGGCCAAAACAUUGCAGGCACCACAUUUAGCAAUUAUACGCUGCGUGUGAUUAUCAAGGAGCCGCCGGUGGUGAAUGAGGUGUCCUUUCCACGCGACUACAUGAACUACAUUGUGGCCAGCAGCGCCGGUGGUGGGAUUAUCUUUGCCGUCCUCCUCUGCACCAUUGUGGUCAAGUGCAAAAGGACCAGCAAUAACAAUGAGCCCGCCAAGCGUAAGAAAUGUGACCAAGUCACGAGCAUUGCGGGUGCCAGUGACUCGACAAAUGGCAGCAGUCAGGACAACGGUAUGAUGAAGUGCGCCUCGAUACUCAACGACGGCAAUGACAGCUUGAAUGGCGGAUCAGGAUUGCUGCUCGGCGAUAAUCUGACGCCCACCAAGGCGGGCAAUGGAGCGGCGGGUGGCAGCGUUGGCGUCGGUAGCGCUGGCGGUCUCCUCCUCGGCGGCCAGAUGAAACAGAAUCUGCUGCUGUACGCUACGCCAACGCCACAGCAGCAACAUCAGCAGCAGCAACAAUUGCAGCUGAAUGUGAAUAUGAUGAAUGCUGCUGCAGCUGCAGCAGCUGCUGCCGGUUCCCCGCCGAUGCUGCUGAGCAAUGGCUUGGCUGCUGCGUACUGCUCGCCACCAGCAUCUCUACGUAAUUACGCUGAAAAGAAUCCGGAUUUGGUUAACGAUGCGGAAAGCGUCAAACACAAACUGAAGACGGCCGUCUCGCUGGACGGCGCUGCGGACUAUGAGACAGCCAGCGAUUGUGGUCAGUAUGAUGGAUGCUAUCAGCUGACUGCGGCCACGCCACACAGCAUGCUCGGCAUGGGCUCGCGGUUUGCGGCUGCAAUGACCACACUGCCGCGUGGCAUGCAUCUCAAGUCGGUGCUGACCUCAGCAGCAGCAGCGGCGGCAGCAGCAGGAGCACCAUCGCCGCAUCAGGUGGAUGUGCAUUUGAAUCCGGUUUGCUUUUUGGGACAGGAUGGCUACGCUUACGACUACAGCAGUGCACAUCUGGUGCAGCAGGUGGCAGCAGCAGCAGCGCCGCAGCAGCACCAGCAGCAACAGAAUUUUUACCGCACGCUGCCACACAAUCGUGCCCACAAGCAGCACCAACAGCAACAAUUGCAGCAGCAGCAGCAGCAGCCACAUCAUCAACAGCAGCAGCAACAGCAGCAGCAGCAGCUACAGAAUGCCAGUCUGCGUUAUAGCCUCGAGGCGGAGUUUGUGCAACGGGCGCCCCCGGUCGGCUAUGAGAAGUAUCAGUUGCCGAAUGUACGCUUCACAGCCGAGGGUUACCCACAGCAACAUCAACAGCAACAGCAGCAGCAACAGAAACAGUUGCAGCUGCAACAACAAUUUCCCUCGCCGCCCGAGGGUUACAAGAGCAGCGAUCUCGCACUGCCAACGUUCCAACAGUGGCCCAGCUGUCUGCCUGGCUAUCAUGCGCAGCCACUGCGCUACGGCAUCAGUCAAUCGCCAACGCAAGCAAUGGCAUCCGCAGCAGCGGCUGCUGUAGCAACACCUGCACCCACGCUGGACGAGAGCAGCAGCCACGCAACCAUACCCGAGCUGGAUGAGAGCGAGACUUCGCCCAGUGGCUCAAAUGCCGCCAUGGCGGAGGGUGAGAAGCAGGCGGGGUCGUCGGAGACGGAGUCAGCGGAUACAGCCAAGCUGAAGCAGCUGAAUGGUCCGCUUGCGGACAGUCCGGAUGAGGGUUAUGUGGGCGAUGGCCAGGAGACGAGCGACAUUUGACAGCGCGGUGGCGCCGACGGCCAGGAUGCUGCCUUAGAUGACUCAGUGGCUCUGUAAACAGGUCCACUGAUGACACACAUACUCGAACAUAAAUAGAUUUAGUUUGUCGCUGUAUCCGUAUCCGUAUCCUUUUGUUGCAGUUGCCAAACAACAAGCAAGCUGAAGUAAACACAACCAAAACAAAACUUAGUUAAACAGUGCAAGAAAUGCCCAAAAUUCUUAGCGCGCCGAAUUUAGAAUGCCCUUGCAGCAAAUACUCUACUAAGGAAGAGAGAGCAUUAAGCAGCAGGAGUUAAUAGGCAUUAUUUUCACUGUAUUAAAUUAUAUGUUUAUUAAGUUGAUGGUAAUUUAAUUUAUAUUGGAAGAAAAUAUGACUUUAAAUAAGAUAUUAUUUCGCACUAACAAAGCAAUUUCUAUACAAAUCAAUACAAUUCUUAUUUAGUAUA